GGGGAGGGUGGUGACCACCGCGGAGGAGCUGUGGCUGUCAAGAUGAUAGAGGUACUGACAACUGACUCUCAGAAACUGCUACACCAGCUGAACACCCUGUUGGAACAGGAGUCUAGAUGUCAGCCAAAGGUCUGCGGCUUGAAACUAAUUGAGUCGGCACAUGAUAAUGGCCUUAGAAUGACUGCAAGACUCAGGGACUUUGAAGUGAAAGACCUACUCAGUCUAACCCAGUUCUUUGGCUUCGACACGGAGACAUUUUCCCUAGCUGUGAAUUUACUGGACAGAUUCUUGUCUAAAAUGAAGGUACAGGCGAAGCAUCUUGGGUGUGUUGGACUGAGCUGCUUUUAUUUGGCUGUCAAAUCGAUAGAAGAGGAAAGGAAUGUCCCAUUGCCUUCUGUGCUGGCAUUGUCUAUCAUUGCUUUGGAGAUCCAAGCACUAAAGUAUGUAGAGUUAACAGAAGGAAUCGAAUGUAUUCAGAAACAUUCCAAGAUAAAUGGCCGAGAUUUGACCUUUUGGCAAGAGCUUGUAUCCAAGUGUUUAACUGAGUAUUCAUCAAACAAGUGUUCCAAGCCAAACGUUCAGAAGUUGAAGUGGAUCGUGUCUGGACGCACUGCCCGGCAACUGUGGCACAGUUACUACAGAAUAACUCACCUCCCAACAAUCCCGGAAACAGCUUCUUAGCUGGCAAAUCUGGUUGUUAUCCUCUCUAUACAGAAAAUUUUCCAGUGUGAUAAUUUUCUUCUACAACUGAAGAACUGAAAUACUAUCUUCAAUAUAAACAAUAUGGGAUUAAAAUAGUAAAGGGAAAAAUGACUGUUGAUCUAGUUAGUGAAUAUUGGAAGGCAUUUACCAUGUACAAUGCACAGCAGUCUCAAGAGAAAGGACUUAGCAAACCUCUAUAUGUUAACACUUCCGUCAAAUUAUUAGCUUAGGAAAGAGAAUCCUCCAAACCUGAAUUUAUAAAAGUAGUUAAUGAAAUAAUAUUUUUUAAAUUACAUAUCACCUCACUGUAACUUAUUUAAAGUUACUUAAACCCAAGCAGAAGGAUGAAACAAAAAGUUUGACCCACAUAUGAACAAAUUCAAGUCCUUUUGUUGAUUAAGAAAACAUAG